CACGGGAAAUCCGCGCUGUGAAUCCCCUAGAGGUUAACAGCUUUCAUAUCUGUUUAAGGAACAGUAUAGUUUAACUCUUCUAUAAGGUAAUUAGAGCCAUAGAUUUCAUUUCAACUUAUAAUCAUGAUUUUGAUAAUAAGGAAGAAUAUACUUUAAACUAAAUUUUAACUUCUGAAUUUGAAAUUUAUUUAUUUAUUUUAUACUUCAUUGAAUUUCCGUAGAAGAAGAAUACACGACAAUUACUUUUAGCCCUUUCAGUCAUUGUUUUCACCAAAAUAUAACACGAUCCGGUGAUUCCCAGUAUAGGUACUUCUCUCUUUUCACUCUAUCUAAAAAUUAUGCCCAAGGUAUUCUCCCGAGACCUUGUAGCUCCUCCUUUCUAAACUCUGAACACUUUUAAGUUGUCAGACUCCAUUGCAUUCGAACCUGGCGAUCAUCUCCAGAGCGACAAUCAGUCAAGUAAAGGUAUCAAGUAUCCCUUAGUAGAGAUUAAUCUCGAACAAUGGAGAAUCCAGGAUUUCCCUUAAUAUUGAAAAAAGCACAAGAUUUGCUGGUGGAGGCUGAAAAUCUUGUGAAGUAUCUCCAGGAAAGGGGUCUUGCCGAACCGGACUUCACAGUUCGCAGUGCUGAGCACCCCCAAUCUCGCGAAUUCGACAAAAUUCGAAUUGCUCUCACUCAAGCUGCCGAGGAUGCCAUCCUUCUUGCGAAUGGUCCCGUUAACUGGCUCCGCACAUUUUUCUGUCACCACCAUGAUCUAGGAGCAUGGCAAACAGCGUUACGAUUUAACUAUUUCUCUAUUAUUCCUCUUGAAAAACCUAUGUCAGUCAAAGAGAUCGCCGAAAAGGCAGGUAUGGAUGAGGACCGCCUUUCGCGCGUCAUGAAACUAUUGGCAUCUCAGCGUUGCUUCCACGAAGUGGAGGAAAAUGUUUAUGAGCACACCUCUCUCUCUGCUCUCAUUGCACGAGACGAAACGAUCAAAGCGGCAAUAUCAUUUCAAGCCGAUGAGAUGUUUGAAGCUGCUUCUCUUACUGCUACCUCAAUUCAAAAAGCCCCUUACCAAUCGAUUCCGGAACAUAGUGCAUUCAAUAUCAGGUUUGGUGUUUCUCCUUAUCAGUGGUAUACUUCCAAUCCAGAACGGGGCGCGCGAUUUGCUGCUGCCAUGGCAGGUCUUGCUAAGAUGAAUAAUGAUACCGUGGAGCUCCGAGACCGCUUUCCAUGGGACAGUCUUGGUCAUCAGACUGUCGUUGAUGUUGGCGGAGGUAGUGGACAUAUCUCAAUCUUCCUUGCAAAGGAAUUUCCCAAUCUCGAGUUCAUUGUGCAGGAUAUAAAUCCUGGUAUGCUCUCGCAAGGGCCCCAGCAACCUAACUAUCCAGAAGUUGAGAAGCGUGUUUCAUUCAUGAGGUAUGACUUCUUUCAGCCACAACCCGUCAAUACCGCUAGAUUGUUCCUCUUGCGACAGAUCAUUCACAACUAUAAUGACGCAACAAGCGUGAAGAUUUUCAAGUCAUUCAUUCCCGCCAUGGAAAAAUCUUCGGCAAGCUUGCUAAUCAACGACAUGGUUCUUCCCCCUGCCAACACUGAGCCCAAAGUGGAAGAGCACCAUUUAAGACAGGUUGAUAUAGCCAUGCUCAACGGCUAUGCAGCUAAGCAAAGAACCUUGGAUGAGUUCUCUUCCCUCCUCAAGCAAGCCGACGAGCGGUUCGAGGUGGUGCAGUUGCAUGGAAAGGGGGUGAUGGGACUGAUUGAGGUUCACUUGAACCAACAGCACUAGAGCCUAAUAGAAAAUUGUCAUAAGGGCUCACGUAUUGAAGCCAAUUAUUAUUUAUAAUAUUCACCUACCGAUAUGGCCCGACUAAGCUGCUGGCUACCUUUGAUCACGCAUGAGUUUCAACUAUAAAAGCAAGGAGCAUGCCGACCAACAGGCCGAAUAUGAUAUUAAGUGCCUAAGGGUAUAUUUAGUUACCUUCUGGUAUAGCUAGCUAGGUCAUAGAAUUCUUUCACGGAU